AUGUCCCCAAGAUUUAAAUAUUCAUUAUCUUAACAAACACUUGCUAGUACUACAACCUACAAGCUUCUAUCGCUGGACGAUCUAUAAAGUGCAUUAUAGUAGUAAAAAAUGUCUGACAAAAUUAACAACGUCAAGGAUCAAACCGAUUCCCUUUCGAUGAAUGAUCAUAUUGACGAACAACAAAAUAUCUUGAACGAUCCAAAUAUCGAUGUUAGUGAUUUUUUUUUCCAAACUAAUGGUUGGUGGAAAUAUGGUCAUUUCAGAUAUUUACAUUUUUUGAUUUCCUUGAUUGCAUUGGCCUCCACUAAUAACGGUUACGAUGGUUCUAUGUUGAACGGUGUUCAAGCUCUUGAUUCAUGGCAAAGUACCAUGGGUAACCCAACCGGAUAUAAGUUAGGUUCUCUUGCCAACGGUACUAUGUUCGGUUCUAUUAUUGCUGUCUCUGUUGCUUCCUAUCUUAACGAUAAGUGGGGUAGAAAAUUUGGUGUUCUUUUUGGUUCUAUUAUUUCUUUUAUUGGUGGUAUCUUGCAAGGGGCAUCUACUAACUAUGCUUUCUUCUUAGUUUCUAGAAUUAUUAUUGGUUUUGGUGUUGGUAUUGCUUUAACCGGUGCUCCAGCUUGGAUCGCUGAACUUUCUUUCCCAAGUUACAGAUCUUCUUGUACUGCUGUUUUCAACACUUUAUGGUACUUAGGUGCAAUUCUUGCAGCUUGGAUUACUUUCGGUACUAGAAACAUGCAUGGUGACAAAUCUUGGAGAAUUCCUUCUUACUUGCAAGCUAUUUUACCAGGUAUUCAAGUUUUGACUUUAUGGUUCUGUCCUGAAUCUCCAAGAUGGUUGAUUGACCAUGGUAAAGAAGAAAAGGCAAGAUCCAUUCUUAAGAGAUUCCACACUGGUAACUCUACUGAUGAAAGAGCCGACGCCUUGGUUGAAUUUGAAAUUAAAGAAAUUAAGUCUGCUUUGGAAUUGGAAAAGUUAUACGCUAGAUCCUCUUAUUUCGAUUUCUUCACCAUUAAGACCUACAGAAAGAGAUUAUUCUUAGUUUGUUUCACUGCUUUCUUUAUGCAAAUGUCUGGUAACGGUUUAAUUUCUUACUAUCUUGUUUUGGUCUUAGAAAGUAUUGGUUACACAUCAAGUACUGAACAAUUAAAGAUUAAUGGUUGUUUGCAAGUCUUCAACAUUGUUAUUUCUGUUGGUGCUGCUCUUCUUACUUACAGAUUCAAGAGAAGACCACAAUUCUUAGUCUGUCUUUCUGGUAUGCUUAUUUGUUACAUUAUUUGGACUAUUCUUUCAGCUAUUAACCAACAACGUAAUUUUGAAGACAAGAGCUUGGGUAGAGGUGUUCUUGCCAUGAUCUUCUUGUUCUACUUCUCAUACGAUAUUGGUGCUAACGGUUUACCAUUCUUAUAUGCCACUGAAGUCUUACCAUACUCACACAGAGCCAAGGGUCUUAAUCUUAUGUACUUUACCCAAUUAUGUACUCUUGUCUACAAUGGUUACGUUAACCCAAUUGCCAUGGAAGCCAUCCAAUGGAAAUACUAUAUUGUUUGGUGUUGUGUCUUGGCCUGUGAAUUGGUUAUUGUUUACUUCUUCUUCGUUGAAACAUUCGGUUACACCUUAGAAGAAGUCGCUGUUGUCUUUGGUGAUGAUGCUGGUGCCACCUUAGGAAGACUCUCUUCUCCUGUUGAAAAACCAGGCUUCGAACACGUUGAAGACGGUAGCUCUUCUAACGAGAAGGUUGGUGAAAGAGUUUAAGAUAGCUGAAUUUAUUCUAAUUCCAUAAAAUUAUGAGUUUCAAUUCUUUAAUAUGCUGACAACUUUGUCAUUAAUUGUUUUUUUUACCAUAAAGGUAUAUAUAGUCCUUACAUAUAUUCAAUAAAUUGUACCUAUUAUAA